AUGCAGCUGACGGAUGUGAGCUACGUGAUUAGGAAGCACUAUCAUUCUGUCUUACUGCAAGGGAUUUGUGAUGUGAAUAGAAAAUUCGUUGAUGUGUUCGCCGGAGUUUGUGGCAGUGUGCACGAUGCUAGAUACGACUUGUUGCCUCCAUAUCGCGACAGUGGUCACCUGACGCCAACGCAAAGACAUUACAAUAUCAUUCACUCAAAGACUUGUGUUGGGAUUGAAGGAGCUUUCAGAUUGUUGAAAGGUCGUUUUGGUAGACUUAAAUAUUUGUACAUUCAACACAUUCAAUAUGCCCCGCUCAGUAUCGUGGCUUGUUGUGUACUUCACAAUAUAUGCCUUGAUUCAGAGGAUGAGCUGAACGAUUUAUUAUAA